ACAAUUGCUCACAGUACAUCAUUCACGUACAGACGUUACAAUAACCUACACUAUGAUCGCUUUUGUUCUACUCGCCCUUGUGGCUUCGGCCUCGGCUGGUGUCUUCGUCAACGACGUCUGCCCCGAUGUGAAGCCUGUUGAGAACUUCGAUUUUAAAGCUUUCGGAUCAGGCAAAUGGUAUGAACUCGCCAAGUACCCCAACAAAGUUGAGACCGGAGGAGUUUGCGGCUGGGCCGAGUACGUACUGAACGGUGAUGUCUUCUCCAUCACCAACUACGAUGUGUCCAAGAACAAACUCCGCCUCAUCACUGGAUCUGGCAAACUACGCGAUGACGCUGGAACUAGUGGCAGAAUGAUCUUCAGCUAUCCCUAUGGAGCUGGCGGUUCUAUCUCGGAGCAUAAAGUGUAUGCCCUCUACAGUGAUGACAAGACCACCGUACUCUACUAUUGCCAAGAAAAUGCAGACAAGAAGACCCGCGAAGACUACUCGUGGAUCUUCUCUCGCUCCAAGACCUUCGAGGGUAAUUCCAAGGCUUCUGUCGAGAAGUACAUCAACGACAACACUUUCCUCGACUACGGCAAAUUCGCCUGGACCGACUUCUCAGACGAUGCCUGCAAAUAUGAGGCAUAAGGCACGCGAAGACAAUUUAGAAUG